AUGUCUCUCGCUAAAGCAAGAAAAGGGUUAAAAACUGCCAAAAAAGGUGGAAUAUUAACUGAUCAACAAAAAUCUGUCAACGAAUUCUUAAGAGUCCCUAAAAGUAACAAAACUAGCAGUAGAUUCAGUCCAUUUAACCGUGACCAAAUUAGAGAAGCCUACAAUUACUGUGCAAAAUUUAUGAAAAUCGCUAACGAAAAUCCUGAUAAUCCCAUCGAGAAAGUUCUUGAGUAUGCAAAUGAAGCAACUGAAACUACUGAUCCUGAAUUAAUUCGUUAUGCUUUAAUGUCUUUUAUUACCCAUCAUCCGUCUGCUCGUAAUCGAAAUUUGCGUAUUCCUCCCUUAAUUCAACGUUCUCCUGAAUCAUGCGUUCCCCAAAAGAAACCAGGUCCCAGAAGAUCCUAA